UUACUGGUUUGCAUUUCGUUCACGAAGAUCCUCUUUAGCCAUACAUGAAUUUAGUGUUUGAGGAAUUCUAAUAUUUGUUAUAAGAAGCUUUAAUUGAAUGUAUAUAAAUGAUCUUUCGCUCCAUCUAAUUCGAGUGCUGACACGUGUUUGAAUUUGUAUGUGUAUUUGAGAUCAUAAGAAAAAGCGAGAAGGCAAUCCUUACACUUUUCGGCCAUCGAGAGAUGAUCCUUAUACCUGCUGGAUACGGAAGAAGCGAUCCUUAAAUUUUCCGGACACAUUCGAUUGCUCUUUUGUUGUGUUUUCUUGGCUUUUGGCACCCAUUUCCGUAAUGCUUUUGCCCCCUAAAUUCCGCUCCGUUACCUCGUUUGCGUUAAGUAGUUUCGAUAUUGUCGCCUCGACCCCACUAAACCUCGAAACUGAAGCCAUAAUCCCCAUUUAUUUGGAUCCCUCGCGGAAAUUAAUGGAAAAUGGCAAAGUUUAUUGCUAGAUUUAUUUACUGUAUUACAUUGUAUAGUGACAAAAUGAGUGGUGUACUGUUUCUUAAAUCGCAAAACAGUUAAAAAGACGUAUAGUUUAGUCGAUACGUCAUUCGGAGGAAAGAAAACACAAGAGUUAAAAUGAGAAUUUUCCAAGCGAAACAUUUUUAACCCGGGAGUAAACAGGAAUGGAAUUUGGUGGCAAAUCUGCCAGGUAUCGGAUGAGGGGGAUUCUCUUACUGGAUACCUGGCAGUUUCGCCGUUUAAACGCAUUUUCUUCUCUACUAAGACGGAAAACGUAGUUGAUUCCAUAAUUUCCAGGAAGAAUGGAUGCUCUAAAUCUCUGUAAAAAGAAUGCAGUGGUAUUACGAACACAGCUUUCGGUUCGAGUGCAUGCCAUCAUAGAAAAAUUGAUGAAUUCCACGGGCAGAGAAUUGAGAAGAGCUCUCUUUUCCCUGAAACAGAUUUUCCAGGAUGACAAGGAUCUAGUUCAUGUAUUUGUCCAAAGCGAUGGAUUGGCGUGCCUCAUUAAAGUUGGUUCAGAAGUGGAUAAAAAUUAUCAGAAUUAUAUUUUGAGAGCUCUGGGUCAAGUAAUGUUAUAUGUUGACGGAAUGAAUGGAGUGAUACAACAUAAUGAAACUAUUCAGUGGUUAUAUUCUAUAAUUGAUUCAAAGUAUCGUUUGGUAGUUAAAACAGCACUUAAAUUAUUAUUAGUAUUUGUGGAAUAUACAGAAUAUAAUAGCAUAUUAUUGAUGAAUGCUGUCAAUACUGUUGAUAGAGAAAAAGGAGUGAAACCUUGGUCCAAUAUCAUGAAUUUGUUGAACGAAAAGGAUUCGUCUGAUAUCGAGCUUCUGAUAUAUGCAAUGACGCUUAUUAACAAGACUCUGAAUGCCAUUCCCGAUCAAGAUACCUAUUACGACGUGGUGGAUGCUCUGGAAGAGCAGGGAAUGAAAUGGAUCAUCGAACACUAUUUGAAUAAGAAAGGAAUCGAUCCCGAUCUUAUGCAGCAAUUAAAAAUUUAUGAGGCGGUGUUAAAGCACGAAGACGGCGACGACGACGGAAAACCGUUGCCUUACGACGUUACUCUCAGACAAAUGCCGAGAAAUCGGAAGAUUUGUUUAGACGAUAACGACAGGAGAAAGAGCAAAAGGCAUUCAUUGGGGAAGUCGAUAUCAUCAUCGAAAAUAAAACCUCCGGAUAUACAAACAACUAAUCAACAAGACAAAGUGCCUUGGAGGAGAACAACAAGACAAAUAUCUAACGACGAUUCGAGCAAAUCGGAAGGACAGAUGCAAAACGGAAGCGCCGCCAUUCCAGGUAAUUUAUAAAUGAGGGAUCCGGGUUCGAUUCCGGACGGGUCGAAAAUAUUCCACGAAUCUUUCGGGCUGAUAUUCGUCUCUCUUCCCGACUUCCCUACUGUGGGUUUGGCCGAAUCCAUAAUGGGCUUGCUAAAAAGUCCCUCUUAGUGACCACAGAGUGUAAAGAGUUAGGGGGAAACCCUAAAAAAACCCGUGAAGCUAUUCGGGAUUUCUUCGCGUUAGUAACAUA